AUGAAUGACGGUUAUAGAUGUUCCCCACCAUUUCAGCAUGAAAUGCAGGACCGUCUGAUGACAUCUAAUGGAAACCUUGAUUACUCUGCAAGGGUUAUGCGAGUUGUAACAUGGGACAGAUCCUUCAGAGAAACACCAACUAUGGAUGAAGUGAAAGAUGAUUUCGACUCAGAGAAGCAUGAAACUCUUGCUACUGUAUUAGACAAGUUGCUAGCAUGGGAAAAGAAACUUUAUAAUCAAGUUAUUGGACUCAAAAUCUCAGAGAUAAAUCUUUUACGCGAUCAACAGUUGUACCAGAAACUUGAACAACUUGUCGAUGGGAUGGCCACAAUGUGGGGAACCAUGCAUUACCACCAUAAGAAGCAGUUAAUCAUUAUGAAAUUAGUGAAAUCUCUGGAUUCUCAAUUUCCUACUGAAACAAGUGAACACCAUCAUGAUAGAACAUAUCAGUUAUUGAAUGUUAUGCAAGAGUUGGCAUCACAGUUUGAAAAGUUGAUAAACAAUCAAAAGGGUUUCAUAAAAGCCUUAUACAGUUGGUUAAAACUGAAUCUUAUCCUUAUUGAAAAUGAUAUAAAGGAAAAGAUUUCUUCACCGGCAAUACAAAUCCUUCUUCAUACUUGGAAUGAUCAUCUAGAGAAGCUUUCUAUCGACCUUGCUUGGAAAGGCAUAUCACAUUUUGUUGCUGUGAUAGAUUCUCUUUGCCAACAGCAAGAAGAAGAGUUGGUUUUAAAGAGAAAAUGCGAGGAGAUGCAAAAGGAGCUUGCGCGCAAAAGCCGACGAGUUGAUCAGUGGGAGUGCAAAUACAAGAAAAAGAAAAGAUUAGACGAGUUUGAUACAAAUAGGGAACAAGGUGAUGAUAGUAAUGAACCUGAUGAGGUUGUAAAGGAAAAGAGAGUUUUGAUUGAAUUAGAAAAGAGGUUGGAUGAGGCAAAAGUUUCUUUUGAAAGACAGUGCUUACAUGUGAGGCAAAAAUCUUUGGUGUGUCUCAAAAAUAACUUGGCAGAGCUCUUUAGGGCUAUGACAGAUUUUUCUCUUGAAUGUUCUAAAAUGUAUAGUGAACUAAAGAUUGUAGCACAUAAAUUAAGAUCAGCACAAAGUUCAUAA